AUGGACCCUCCUUAAUCUAGAAGACCUCCAAUAUUUGGUCCUCCAAGAUAAAAUAGAUUUGAAACAAAGUGUAAAUAUUGCAAAAAAUGUAUUAUUGAGAAAAUUUUAAAGAAUAGGAUCCAUAACUCCUUUAAUGGCAUGAAACUUAGUGUUAAAAGUAAUAAUAAGGUCCUCUUACUUAAUUUGUUAAUGUUGGAACCUAAUUCAUUAGAGGAUUUAGUUAAGGUGUUUAAAGAAAUGUAGAAAGAUUAGGAAAUGCUAUCUCCAAUGAGUUUAAUUAAAUUGAAAGGAUUUUCAAUAAUCGACCAAAUCCAGUAACGAUAGAUGUUUACUAAGAAUAAUUUAAUAGAUUAUAUUAAGAAGAAAGAGAUAGAUAAAGUAUAGACUAACCUAAAAGUGAGCCUAACUUUAUCGAAUAUAAUUUUAUAAAUAAACGUAAUUUAACUCCAUCUGCUAAGAUGUGUUGUAUUUGUUAAGAUGAAUAUAUUGAUAAUGAGAAAAUACUGAUUCUAUAAUGUAUGCAUAGAUAUCAUAAAUAAUGUUUAAGUGACUGGAUCAAGAAAAAGCCAACUUGUCCAAUUUGUAAAAUGAAUAUAUAUCAAUAAUAUUAACAAUGAAAUUAAUAUUUUUGUUCCUCUUAGCUAGUUGUUUAGUAUUGGCUUAAGAUAAUAUUAAUACAAGUGGAGAUGAAGCUUUAGAAAAUAUAAAGAAAUUAGAAGAGUAAGAAUCAGAGGCAAUAAAUUCAACUCAGGAAUUGAAUCCAUAAGAAAAUACUAAUGAAAUAAAUAAAAAAGAAGAAGAGAAAGAAUCUAUAGAUAGUGAAGAAUUGGCAGAUAUUAUUGAAGAAGCAGAAGAAAAUAUGUUUGAAUUACUUGAAGCAUUAAGACCAUUAUUUGGGGUAAAUAAUGCAUUAAAAUAUAUAUUAGCUUAGAUUUGGUGAUUAAGAUAGAGAUAGUGAUGGAUAAGUAAUUGAUGAUCAAUCAGAUUCAGAGAGUAAUGAUGAUACACAAGAGAAACCUGCAAUUUUAGUAGAUCCUGUUGAGGAUUUAUUAAAAAAAGUUGAUUAAGAUCCUUUAAUGCUUUAAUGGGAUUAAUUAAUGAAUGAUUUUGAUCCUGAAGAUUUACUUACAUUUGAAUUAUAAUCUGGAGCCACAGAAGUAUAAAUAUAUUAAUAACUAAUUAUAGAUUUUAUGUGAAACAAUUAAGAAGCCAACUACUAUAAGAGGAGCAUAUUUUAUUCCUUAAUUUAGAUUAGAUUAAAAGAUUGAUUUCUAUAUUAAGACAUCUAAUAAUACUUUAUUGUAUUCUAAAGAAAGAGUUCAAGAAGGAAUCUUUAAAAUAGAUAUUCCAGAAAAAGGAGAAUAUAAAUUUAUCUUUACAAAUAAAAGAGUAUUCUUUAUUUUAUUAUUUUAGACUAAAGAACCAUUAACAAUAACUUUUGCAAUUGAUGUUCAUGAUUCUCAUUAAGAAUUCCUUAAAUUAGGUGAUUUGGAUCCAUUAGCUUUGAGAAUAGAAAGAUUAUCAACAGCAAUGAGAGUAAAUUAAAUUAAUAUUAUUAAGGAUAAUUAUUUUUAUGAUAAGAUGGCUGCUUAAUAAUUUGAAGGAGGAUUGAGAGAGGUUUAAAAUGCUAAUAAUAAAUUGUUGAUAUUCAGUUUAAUAGAAGUCAUAGGUAUUAUUGCUAUUACAGGAUGGUAAGUCUUUUAUCUUAAAAGAAUUUUGAGUAAUUAGAGAAUUAUAUGA